CGACAUUACAUGCUUGUUUAUGCCUACCUGCAGUUCAUGAAAUUUUACGUUGCACUGACUGACGGUGAAAACUCAGAGACAUGGCGACUCACAGAUAAAAAGAAAAUCAGAAGGGAGCUCUUCCGGACGCGUUAUCGGCUCCGUCAAUAUUUCGCUCAGCAAACAUACUGUUAGAGUUUCGCACUCAAUCGUGGAGUUGGGGGGCCGUGGCAACUUGAAGUGCACACAGCACAGCACAGCACGGCGAACCAAAGACUGGAGUACUGCACUUUUCAACCAAGUUACCAAAGAUAGGGUUAAAGGGACACAUUUUGAUCGUGUUGUUAAAAUCCCAAAGAAAAGUCACACGGUGACCAAUUAAGAAGGGAGAGAGUUCAUCUCAGGUCCUCUUAGGCGUCCCAAGCAGGACUCCACCGAUAGGACUUUCUCUGUGAAGUGAUUUUCACCAAAAAGUAGAAAAUGGAGACGUUCAGGAUGGACCUGAUUCGGAAACUCCGGACGGCGCGCAAACUCAUCCUGGUGAUAAUGAUCCCGUUGUCACUGCUACCGUUACCACUGAUCUACCCAAGCAGUGAGUCGUCGUGUGCGUAUGUCCUCAUUGUUACUGCUGUGUACUGGGUUUCUGAGGCCGUACCCCUGGGGGCUGCUGCGUUGGUUCCAGCAUUUCUCUAUCCAUUGUUUGGGGUCCUAAAGUCCAGUGAGGUGGCUGCUGAGUACUGUAAGGACACCACACUGCUGCUGAUGGGAGUGAUCUGUCUGGCUGCCUCCAUAGAGAAGUGGAACCUCCAUAAGCGCAUAGCGCUGCGCAUGGUCAUGAUCGCUGGGGCCAAGCCUGGAAUGUUGGUUUUGGGAUUCAUGUGCUGCACGGUGUUCCUGUCCAUGUGGCUGAGCAACACCUCCACCACCGCCAUGGUGAUGCCGAUCGCCGAGGCUGUGCUACAGCAGCUCGUCAUAACGGGCAUCGCCGACGCCGGAGAGGAUUCCGAGGAGACCGGCGACGGUUCCCUUAGCACCUACGGAAAAGAUAAAGCAUCAAAGAAUCAGCUUGAACUGGAAUCCAAAAAAGAUUGUGUGAAGUCGGAACUGAACACCUUCUCUGAGGAACAAAAUGGACUGCCAGUGACGCCAAGGCUUGGAGCCCAUUUUAAACACAGCAAUGGGCAUCUACCGGAGACCCAGAUCAGUGUGACGGAGCCGCCACAGGAGAAGCCCAAGAUCCGCAGGAACUCCAUGUACCCGACCAAACGCGAUCACAUGAUCUGCAAGUGCCUGUCGCUCAGCAUCACGUACGCGGCCACCAUCGGAGGCCUCAUCACCAUUACGGGGACGUCCACCAACCUCAUCUUCGCCGAGCAGUUCAACAAUCGUUACCCUGAAGCAAAAGUCAUCAACUUUGGCACGUGGUUCAUCUUCAGCUUGCCCAUCGCCCUUAUCAUGCUGGUGUUGACCUGGCUCUGGCUUCACAUCCUCUUCCUGGGCUGCAAUUUCAGGGAGACUUGUUCGCUCAGCAAGGAGCGCAAGACUCGCAGGGAGAUCAUAUCCGAGAGACGAAUUCACGAGGAGUACCAGAAGCUCGGCCCGAUCAGCUACCCAGAGGUGAUGACUGGAGUGUUUUUUGUGCUCAUGACUCUGCUCUGGUUCACCCGGGAGCCGGGGUUCGUGCCUGGGUGGACCUCUCUUUUUGAGAAGAAAGGCUAUCGGACUGACGCCACAGUCUCUGUGCUGCUCGGAUUUCUCCUCUUCCUCAUUCCUGCCAAAAAACCGUGGCCAUUUAACAGCGAGGUCAAAGAACCUUCUGGUGAUGAAGAUGAUGAGGAUGAGGAGGAAGACCCACUGGCCCCUAUGAUCACGUGGAAGGACUUUCAGAGGCUCAUGCCGUGGGAGAUUGUCAUUUUGGUCGGGGGAGGAUACGCUUUGGCUGCAGGGUGCAAGGUGUCAGGGCUGUCCAUGUGGAUUGGCCGUCAGCUGGAACCGAUGAGUGGACUUCCCCCGUGGGCUGUCACGCUUUUGGCCUGUCUGCUUGUGUCCGUGGUCACCGAGUUCGCUAGCAACCCGGCGACCCUCACCGUUUUCCUCCCUAUCCUCUCUGCCCUGUCCGAGACCCUGCAGAUCAACCCCCUGCACACACUGAUUCCAACCACCAUGUGUGUGUCCUUCGGAGUCAUGCUGCCCGUGGGGAACCCACCCAAUGCCAUUGUGUUCAGUUACGGGCACGUGCAGAUCCGUGACAUGGUGAAAGCAGGUUUUGGGGUGAACUUGAUCGGCGUCCUGGUUGUCAUGUUAGCCAUCAUGACCUGGGGUGUCCCCCUCUUUCAGCUCAACGAGUUCCCCAUCUGGGCUGUCAUGAGAAACACCACUGGCAGCUUUUAGCCACCAGAGGGCGCUCCCCAAGAGAGAGGGGAGGGGAUGACUGGACCGUUAGACUCCACAGUAAACAGACACAGAUCGGGGACACAUGACAGUAGAGUGGGAGAUGUGUGUAUUCUCUCUCUCUCUUCAACUAUGGAAUUGACUGUGUACAGGACAAAACAAAUAUUCUUCUUGUUUAAUGACUGCCUGUCUGUCAAGAGGAGAGCAAGCAAUGUUUCAUUUGUAACAAAAAGGUGUGUGGGAGGGGCUUAGGACUCACCUCAGUUUUGUCACUUCCUGUUUCAUCACUUCCUGUGCUUCAGCUGCAAAGGUCUUUUCCUUACUGCAUGAAGUGACAUAUUCGUUUGUUCCUUCACUGACACAUUUAACUACUGCUUUGCAUGUGACAGCCUAUAGUCUUAAUCGCACAUUGUAAUGCGUAAGACAUGUUACAAUCUCAAAAAAUAAAGGUCCUUAAAUGCUUCUAUUCAUCACUGUAUGGAAGAAGAACGAUUUUGUGUUAAAUCUUUACAUCAAAAGGUUCUUCACGCUGGAAAUGGUUCUUCAGAAAGACUAUGUUCAUACCUUUUUUAAAUGGUUCUUCAAAGAACUAUUGUCUUGAAAGAUCUUUGAAGUACUACAAUAGGUCAUUCUAUGGCAUUGCUCUGAAGAACCAUUUAUUUUUUUACAGUGACUUGGGCUUGAUCCUGGGAACUCGGUCUUGUGUUUGUGUAGGUCAACAUUUCUUGAUACUGCUUAGCAAAAUGAGUCCCAGAAAUGUGGGCCCUAGAUUGAUAUACAUUAUCUGUACUCUAAAACAUGUUUUUUUUAUUUACCAGUUAUACAUAACAUAUUGUUUUUAAAUUGUUGUUUCUGUGGACAGAUACUAGACAACUUUUACUGUAUCACUGCAGCUCGAGAGGGUUGUUGUUUUUAUGUGUGUGGCUUCAUGCGAAAGUGAAGGUAAUUCAGUUUGAAUGAUAGUUGGCCAAUUUGUCUCCAAUCAGCCUCUCAAUCAAAGGAACAAGCGGUCACCAAGGUAACAAUCAUGGGAAGAAAGCAACCUUGCUGUUGUGUUUAACAUGUAUACAGUGUGGUUAAAAUAUGCAAACUUUGUAUCCAUGUAAAUUUCUUGUAAUUUUUGUGGGGGAGGUUUUGUACAUUAUUAAUAUGUACGAGGUGAGUGGCAAACUAAUCUUUCAUAGGUAUGGUAAUUUAUUUAGAAAUGCACAGUUUUUCAUAACCUAAAAAGUGAGGAUUAGAAAUCUUGUAAAUAAAUAAGAGAUAUAUUAAAAUAUGUCAUUGUAAUGAACAUGUGCCUGCUCAUAUUGGUGAAAUCACACACAAAAUGAACUGUUCUUCUGUGACGUCUACUCCUGACAAACACACAUACACACACACACACACACACACACGAUGCUUUUCACUUCACACCACUGUUUCAGAUCAAAUGAAAUAAAAUACC